CCUCCAGCUUCGCUUUUCCAUCCCGCGGUCUCUCCAGCUUUCCAAUUCCCUUUCACACUCCUCCAUGCGCCUACGGAUGCCUCUCUCUCCUCGCUGACUGCCCUGCCUGCUAGACCCGCGCCCCCGUCCUGGGUCCUUCUGGCGGCCAUGCAGUCUCUGAACGGCGCCCAGCGCGUCCUCGCCUCCGGCUCCUUCUCCGGCUACUCCCCCGUCCGCCUCCCACAGCUCGGCAAUGGCUAUCUCGCCGCCCUCGACUCCUUCAAGCAGCCUCUCUGCGGCAACGAAGAGGGUUGGGGCCCCUUGAGCCCCUUCCGCUACGACUUCACCCCGUGCUUCAUCGAUGUCGGCGUCUUUGCCGUCGCCGCGUUCGGCCUCCUCGGCGGCGCCCUCGCCCUAUGGUAUGUCUUGCGCAAGCGCAAGGCUGCCGAUAUCCCGAAGGACUGGCAUUUCUGGGUCAAGCAGGGUCUGCUUGUCGCCAUUGCUGCCGAUAUCGCCGUCCAGCUCGCCAUCCAGAUCGCCAACCUACCGAACGUCUGGUUUGGCGAUUUCCGUGUCCUGACAACACUCUUUGCAUUCCUAUCCCUCGGUAUCAUCUUCGCUAUCCAAUGGUUCGAACAUGAUCGCCUCCGGAACGCCAAUGGCGUCGUCUUAUUCUAUUGGCUGCUGCUUCUCAUCGCCUACUCCGUAAAGCUGCGCUCCCUUGUGGCUCAGCAGAUGUACCACCACAACCUCGCCUACUUUGUGGCCUUCACUGUCGGGUUUGGCUUGUCUGUUGUCGAAUUCCUCAUGGAGUGGCUGCUGCCCAAGAAGACGAGCGCAUAUGAGGCCGUCGUGGACGAAAGUGGGGAGGAGUGUCCCGAGGAGUACGCGACCGUCUUUUCCAAGCUGACAUACUCGUGGAUUACACCGCUCAUGAAGCUCGGCUACAAACAAUAUCUCACCGAGGAUGACUUGUGGGGCCUUUCGACGACUGACAAGGUCGCCAAUACUGGCGCCAAGUUUGACCGGAUCUGGCAGGACGAGGUCAAGAAGAAGGGCCGGCCUAACUUGUGGUUGGUCUUGGCGAAGGCGUAUGGUGGUCCGUACCUGCUUGCUGCCGUCUUCAAGACUCUCAGCGACAUCGCCAACUUCUCACAGCCCCAGCUGCUGCGGUACCUGAUCACCUUUGUUGCGUCCUAUGAAGCUGGUAAAACCCCCGAGCCGCCUAUCAAGGGCGCCGCUAUUGCUCUAGCGAUGUUCUUCGUCGCUAUCCUGCAGACAACCAUGAUUCACCAAUACUUUCAACUCGCCAUCGUGACAGGCAUGCGGGUCAAGUCUGGUCUCACAGCCGCCAUCUAUAAGAAGUCUCUGAAAUUGUCGAAUGAGGGUCGUGCCAGUAAGACUACGGGCGAUAUCGUGAAUUACAUGGCGGUAGACGCUCAGCGCCUUCAGGACCUUGCACAGUUCCUGCAGCAGCUCUGGUCUGCUCCCUUCCAGAUCGCCAUCUGCAUGAUCUCGCUGUACAACUUGGUAGGCUGGUCGAUGCUUGCCGGCAUCGGUGUCAUGAUCAUCAUGAUCCCCAUCAAUGGCUUCAUUGCAAGAUUCAUGAAGCGUCUGCAGAAGCAGCAGAUGAAGAACAAGGAUUCCCGAAGCCGCCUCAUUGCCGAAAUCAUCAACAACAUGAAGAGCAUCAAGCUCUAUGCCUGGAGCACAGCCUUCAUGAAUAAGCUCAACUACGUCAGAAACGACCUCGAGCUGAAGAAUCUUCGUAGAAUAGGUGCUGCUCAGGCUUUCGCCAACUUCACAUGGUCCACCACGCCAUUCCUCGUCUCCUGCUCCACCUUUGCCAUCUUCUUAUGGACCGAAAACGCGCCGCUGAGCACAAGCAUCGUUUUCCCUGCUCUGGCUCUGUUCAACUUGCUGACCUUCCCGUUGUCGGUCCUUCCUAUGGUCAUCACUUCCAUCAUCGAAGCUACUGUGGCAGCGGGCCGGCUCACAGAAUUCCUCCUCUGCGAGGAGCUCCAACCUGAUGCGGUGAUUGUUGGGCCCCCGGCUGAGCAGAUUGGCGACGAGAGUGUGAGCAUCCGACACGCCACUUUCUCCUGGGACCGGCACGAGUCGAAGCAUGUCUUGCGUGGCAUCAACUUCACCGCUAACAAGGGCGAGCUCACUUGUGUUGUCGGCAGAGUUGGCCAGGGCAAGUCGUCUUUACUGCAGAGCAUUCUCGGCGAUCUGUGGAAGGUUGAGGGCCAAGUCAAGCUGAAUGGCGAGGUUGCCUAUGUUGCCCAGUCGCCGUGGAUCAUGAAUGCCACGGUCAAGGAGAACAUCAUCUUUGGCCAUCGAUACGACUCAACCUUCUACGAAAAGACCGUCAAGGCAUGUGCUCUACUCGACGACUUCAGUCAACUACCAGACGGAGACGAGACCGUGGUUGGCGAGCGAGGCAUAUCUCUCAGUGGAGGCCAAAAGGCGCGUGUGGCCUUGGCCAGAGCUGUCUACGCUCGAGCCGACGUCUACUUGCUGGAUGACGUCCUCUCCGCCGUGGACUCUCAUGUGGGUAAACACAUCAUUGAGAAUGUCCUCGGUUCCGGAGGUCUGCUCAGCUCGAAAUGUCGUGUCCUGGCUACCAACGCUAUCUCUGUUUUGACCUCGGCAGACUAUAUUUGCCAACUCAAGGACGGCGAGAUCGUCGAGAGUGGCACGUUCCGCCAGCUCAUGGCUAUGAAAGGCGGCAUUGCCGAACUCCUCAAGACAUCUGGUAAUGAUUCUGGCGCGACCUCUUCUGCGGUUAGCCCCGAGGGUUCUGGUAGCGAGACUUCCACAUACAUCGAGCCCGAGACGACGCAGGACAAGGAAGAAAUGGAGGAGGCUCAAGAGACCCUGCCAGAACUUGCGCCCAUCAGGAUCGGACCUUCGGGCACGCAGAAGCGCAGAGGCAGUAUGUCGACCCUUAGGCGAGCUAGUAGGGCCAGCUUUAAAGGGCCGCGAGGCAAGCUCGGCGAUGACGAUGAUCCGAGUGCGAGGACAAGACAGGCCAAGGAGCAUUCUGAACAGGGCAAAGUCAAAUGGGAUGUUUACAAGGCAUAUGCAAAGAGCAGCAACUUGUUGGCUGUUGCGAUCUAUCUGUCAACCUUGGUCCUUGCACAGACAGCACAAAUCGGAGGCAGUGUGUGGCUUCGGUCGUGGGCUAAAGAGAACGAGCGGACGGGUCAAAACCUCCACGUGGGCAAGUGGCUCGGCGGCUACCUCGGGUUUGGUGUCGGCUCCGCAUUAUUAACGGUAUUGCAAACCUUGAUUCUUUGGAUUUUCUGUUCUAUCGAGGCUUCGAGAAAGCUGCAUGAGGCUAUGGCCACUGCCAUUUUCCGGUCGCCAAUGUCGUUCUUCGACACAACACCUGCGGGACGAAUCCUCAAUCGCUUCUCGAGCGACAUCUACCGUGUAGACGAGGUUCUCGCAAGGACUUUCAACAUGUUGUUUGUCAAUCUUGCGCGAUCCGGUUUCACAUUGGUGGUCAUCUCCGUCGGCGUCCCACCCUUUGUCGCCUUCAUCAUCCCAUUGAGCUUGGCAUAUUACUGGGUGCAGCGUUAUUACCUCCGGACCUCGCGGGAGCUGAAGCGACUGGACAGUGUCAGCCGCAGUCCCAUCUACGCCCACUUCCAAGAGUCUCUUGGUGGUAUUAGCACGAUCCGGGCAUACCGCCAGCAGGAUCGGUUUGAGCUAGAAAACGAGUGGAGGGUCGAUACCAACAUGAAGGCUUACUUCCCCUCCAUCAGCGCGAACAGAUGGCUGGCUGUCCGCCUCGAAUUCCUCGGAGCUAUCGUCAUCUUCUCCGCUGCUGGCUUCGCUGUCAUCACCGUCGUCAGUGGCGGUGAACUUGACUCUGGACUUGUCGGGCUGUACAUGGCAUAUGCGCUGCAGAUCACAGGGUCUCUCAACUGGAUUGUGCGUCAGACAGUGGAAGUCGAGACCAAUAUUGUAUCUGUCGAGCGUGUCCUGGAGUAUGCUGCUCUGCCGAGUGAGGCGGAGGAGAUCAUCCCCGGCCGUCGUCCGCCAGUUGCGUGGCCGGCAAACGGCUCUGUCGAGUUCAAGAACUACAGCACUCGCUAUCGAGCCGGGCUGGACCUUGUCCUCAAGAACAUCAACCUGGACAUCAAAUCUCACGAGAAAGUCGGCGUUGUGGGCAGGACGGGUGCUGGAAAGUCGUCUCUGACUUUGGCCCUCUUCCGCCUGAUCGAACCCGCGGCGGGCAACAUUAGUAUAGACGACUUGAACACUUCCAAUGUUGGGCUCUUGGACCUGAGAAGGCGCCUUGCUAUUAUCCCCCAGGAUGCUGCCCUUUUCGAGGGCACAGUUCGGGACAACCUGGAUCCUGGCAACAUUCAUGACGACACUGAGCUAUGGAGUGUACUGGAACAUGCGCGCCUGAGAGAUCAUGUAUCCAGCAUGGGCGGCCUGGACGCAAAGGUCCAUGAAGCCGGUUCCAACCUUUCACAAGGACAGCGACAACUGAUAUCCCUGGCCCGGGCCAUGCUGACACCAUCCAACAUUCUCGUGCUUGACGAGGCCACGGCCGCCGUCGACGUAGAGACGGAUGCCAUGCUGCAGAACACGCUGCGGUCGGAGCUCUUCUCGCACCGCACCAUCAUCACAGUCGCGCACCGCAUCAAUACUAUCCUGGACAGCGACCGCAUCGUGGUGCUCGACAAAGGCGAGGUCGUCGAAUUCGACACACCCCAGGCCCUUAUCCAGAAGAAGGGCAUCUUCUACGGGCUCGUCAAACAGUCCGGCCUGGACACGGAGUAAGGCCUUUCGGCUACCUGCAGCUUCCCGAUGUGGGCGGGACGACCGCGGCCGCGUGUCACUUCACACGCGUCGGCUUUGCCACACGGGAUAGCUCACGUGAUGCCGAGUCGAGUCGGGAUCUGUGCCUCGUCCGGUCGCUGUUGGUGACCUUGUGAUCAGAUCACCACGUACAGAGCGCUGAAUGGUACACUAGCCCUCGAACAGUGCUGCACAAAAGGCAGCAGAGGGCCGGUGUACUCUGCAUUUGUUUUGUCUUACACAAAAGUCGGAAGAAUAGAAUGGGAUACACGUGUGUAUAACAUGUAUAUACAAGUCAACUUUAAUACUUUUUAUACCAAGCACUUGAGCAUGUUUGCAGCA